AAUGUCCAAGAAAACAGCAAUCAUACGAACAGAAUCGCUCCAUGUCCCCCCAAAAUACCCCUUAAAACAACCACAAACAUCACCCACUGGUGGUUGUAUGUGUAUAAACCCACAAUGCUAGAAUCGGCCGAUGCUUUCGCACACUCUUCUCGCGAGGGAAGUAGGCAAUCCUAAGGGCAAUUUGCAUGCCUAUUCCUACUUGGACUUCCAAACUGGGCUGUGUCGGUAUGUUGAAUACGGAUCACCGGAAGCAGUGUGUAUUAUCCCGCAGCCACGUCCGUCGAAAAUCAUGUAACCCCUCCCUUCCACGCUCGUUCAAUUUAUUCAUCAGUGGAAGGAAGCUGGGCUAUGCGCAGUGGGUGUUUAAUGGUAAAAGGCCUCGCUUCCCAAAGCUGCGGUGGGCAUUGGGCGAUGGCACACCAGAUUUGCCAUCCCAGCACUCUGAAUCUCUCCAGGGCCAACCUACACCCGUCUGGGUAUUGAGCUUAACCCACAACACUGCCCCAGGCCCUGCAUUCUCCUUUGUUCCCCUUCUCCUCGCAAGGGCCGGGUCGUCUCUCAAUAUUAACACACAACCCCAGCAUACCCCCAGAUUCCUCUCGAUCAAUACCCACACCUGCAACUCAAUAGAGAUGAAGGUGCAAGAUGGAGAGCGGGAGUUGGAGUUGGAGUUCGAGCUCGAGCUGGAGCUGGAUCCGGAGCUAGAGCUGGAGCUUGAACCAGAACUAGAGGAGGAGCGGCAGCAACACAUUGUAGCUAUAUCUGAGAGAGACAAGGCUCUCUUCUGUUCUUAGGAUUAGCUGUAGCGGUGGUAAGUGAAGUAUGGAUUCGUUCGUCAGGUCAACGCUUCUGGAGCUUUGUGUCAGGUCGCUGUUCGCGGUUGUAGUUUUGAACCUUGAUAAAAAAGGGUCAGUUUGAGCACAGAAAAG